ACCUGUCGCGGGGCUUUGCCUCCGCCUUCCACCCGCGGAAACUUUGCUCGGCGUCAACGGGAGAGGAUGGAGCCGGGGGAGCCCCUCAACCGGUCCCAGGAGGGGGCAGAGGCGCCCCGCGGGGAGUUCAACGCUUCCGGGCUGCCGGAGGAGGAGGGGAAGCCCCUCUUCGGCAUCGGCAUCGAGAACUUCAUCACCCUGAUCGUCUUCGGCUUGAUCUUUGCCCUGGGGGUGCUGGGCAACUCGCUGGUGAUCACGGUUCUGGCUCGCAGCAAGCCGGGCAAGCGCCGCAGUACCACCAACAUCUUCAUCCUCAACCUGAGUAUCGCCGACCUGGCCUACCUGCUCUUCUGCAUCCCCUUCCAGUCCACGGUCUACGUGCUGCCCACUUGGGUGCUGGGCGCCUUCAUCUGCAAGUUCAUCCAUUACUUCUUCACCGUCUCCAUGCUGGUGAGCAUCUUCACACUCUCAGCCAUGUCCGUGGACCGCUAUGUGGCCAUCGUGCACUCGCGGCGCUCCUCCACCCUGCGCAUCCCCCGCAACGCGCUGCUGGGCGUUGGGCUCAUCUGGGCUCUCUCCUUUGCCAUGGCCUCGCCAGUGGCUCACCACCAGCGCCUCUUCCACCGCAAUGGCAGCGACCAGACCUUCUGCUGGGAGCACUGGCCCAACCCGCGCCACAAGAAGGUCUACGUGGUCUGCACCUUUGUCUUCGGUUAUCUGCUCCCUCUGCUGCUCAUCUCUUUCUGCUAUGCCAAGGUUCUUAAUCAUCUGCAUAAAAAGUUGAGAAACAUGUCAAAGAAGUCAGAAGCAUCCAAGAAAAAGACAGCACAGACUGUGUUGGUGGUGGUAGUGGUUUUCGGCAUCUCCUGGCUGCCGCAUCAUGUGAUUCAUCUCUGGGCUGAAUUCGGAGUUUUCCCACUGACUCAAGCCUCAUUUCUCUUCAGGAUAGCUGCACACUGCCUGGCUUACAGCAAUUCUUCUGUAAACCCAAUUAUAUAUGCAUUUCUCUCUGAAAAUUUUAGGAAGGCCUACAAACAAGUUUUCAAGUGCCAGAUAGGUAACGAAUCACCUCUGAACGACGCUAAAGAAAAUAAGAGUCGGAUAGAUACACCACCAUCUACCAAUUGUACACAUGUGUGAACUUUAGGAAGUCCUGUUUGCUGGCUCUUCAGCUGUGUGAAUGAACGACACUCCUGGAAAACAAAGCACAAUGAGCUUUAUCGCAGCUUUUUCUUGAUAAAGCUAAUAGGUAUUUAAGGUAAUGAAGUUGCAUUUGUAGCAAAUGUUCAUGAAACUGGUGUGAAGGAAAAGUGGGCUGGUCCUUUGUAUUGUAGCUUUGCCAAAUGAAGCUCCUGACCUUUGAAAGAUAAUUCAGAAACAAAACACUGGUGAUGGCUUGUGUGUGUUCCUAUUCAUUAAGCAUAAUGUGUAUAAGCAUUCAAAUGUAACAUACAAGAAGUAUUCGUCAGUAUGGAUAAAUCACUGAACUUUCUCACAUCUUACUCCAGAGAAGCAAAGAGAUGGCUAAAUUUUCUGACUUACAGAUAAUAAAGACUGUGGUAAUACAAUUUCAGAGAGGAAAAGUUUCAUUCUCUGUUCAGGUUGUUUUGACAAUGUCUUUUCCCCUUUUAAAGUAAAGAUGGGAUCUGACUUUGAGUUGAAAUAACCCACGUACAAUUUGAGGCAAUUGCUUUAGAGAGGCAACACUGAUUUUAUCUGUUCAGCUAUCUUUUUAAUGUAACAUAGUGAAUGAUGAUGUACUUUUUACCACUUUGUAUGCCUGCCUUACUGCAUACACAGAACUUCUGUGUACACUAUAUAAGGUUUUGUUUAUGGCCUGUGUGAAGUUCUAUCAAAAUGAAAAUUUAUCUGAGGAAAGCUUUUCUUUAGCUGUUGCAUGUGUGUUAUGUGUGUAUGUGUGUGUGUGUUUUGUUAACUUUAUUGAGUCUGAGAUGGAAGUACGGUCUUAAAUGUGCAAUAUCAAUAUAUAUUUUAAAAUACUAUGUUCCAUAAAGAAAAUCCAAUCAAUGCAUUAGUGUUUAAAGACAGCAAUCCUUUAAAAGUUUAAUAGAGGUUUGAUACAAUGUAACUCUAAAAUGGAAAACUUUGGAAGGAUACAUUUAAAUUGGAACCAAGUGUGUAAUAUAAAUUAUAAAUAAAAAGUGGGAGGGCCUCAGUACUUUGAGGACAUAUUGUCAGCUGGAGUACGAUAUGCUUCUACCAUUUAUGUUCAUUACCCACAGAAUCAUAGAGCAAAUUAAGUUGAAGAAACCUCUUGGGAUCUUCUCAAGGCAGGGAUGCCCUCACAUCUGUAUCACUUCUUGUCUAGGUAUGUUUUGAAGAUUUCCAAGGACGGCAAUUCAGCAACUCAUCAACAUAGUUGGGAUUUCCCUUGAUGUAGCUUGCGACCAUUUCCCUCUGUCCUCUCACCAUGCCCUUGAGAAGAAUCUUCACUCUAAUCAAAUAUGCAUAAUCAUAGAUGACAAUUACAGUUUCUCUCUGUCUUCUCCAAGCUGAAAAAAUGAGGUGCAAAGUCCCUGGUCUUCCACUGGACUUGCUCCAGCUUGGCCAUCCCUCUCACACACUGGGAUGUUCCAAACUGGACAGCAUGUUCCACGUGCUUUCCCAUGACUAUUGAGUAGAGGGGAAAAAUCACCUCCCUUUACCCCAUCUUUUUCUGUAGAAUUGCAUUCAGUCAGCCCAAUUUUGGAUGUGGCUUUGUUGAAAUUUAUUAAUUUGAUAACUGUUGUCCAUACUCUGGCCCUCCAGGCACUUCCAAAAGAAAACUCUGCACUCCAUUGUAUCUGCCAUCCACCCAGGUCUGGCGUCAUCUGCGAGCUUGCAUUCUGCGCCCUUGUUCUGGUCUUUGCUAAAGAUCAUAUAAUCAUAGAAUGGCUUAGGUUGGAAGAGUCCUUAUAGAUCAUCUAGUUCCAACCCCCUAAUGUGGGCAGGGCCACCACCCACCAGAUCAAGCCACCCAGGGCCCCAUACAGCCUGGCCUUGAACACCUCCAGGUAUUGGGGAUCCACAGGGUGGAUCUGAGCAACAUGUUCCAAUGACUCACCACUCCCAAACUUUCUUCACAGGAGAGGUGCUCCAGCCCUGUAAUCAUCUUCACUGGACCCACUCCAAGAGCUCCACAUCCUUCCUGUGCUGGGUGCCAUAGACCAGAUGGGGCCUCAUGAGGGGAGAGUGAGGGGGACAAUCACCUCCCUUGCCCUGCUGGCCACCCCUCUGUGGAUGCAGCCCUGGAUCCAGUUGGCCUUCCAGGCUGCUAAAGCACACUGCUGGCUCAUGUCUAGCUUUUCAAAGAUGUUAAAUACUGAUGCUCUGUCAGAUGCCUUUUUCUCCACAAACUUACUGGUCAGUUAUGGAGGGUUAGCUCACAUGAAAAUGUCUGUUUACCUGACAGUGUUAUCUACAUGGAAUCAAUAAAAUAAUAUUGAAGACAUGCUGGUGCACACAUGACAUCUGUGUCCAAUCCUUCAUAUGAAGAAGCAGUUUGAAGUUACUGCUAGGAGCACAAAAUAUACAAGAAAAAGAAAAUAGAAAAGAAGGGUUUAUCUGUAGCAAGUCAUUUUCUGGGUUAGAUUUAACAUUAGGAAAACAGUCUAGCACACUAUUACUGUUAUACUAAGCUUUCAGUUGUUUCAGAUUCCAAUCACUCAAGUUAUUAAGUCACUAUCAGACCAUACGAGUUUAUAACAUAUUUGGUGAUCUUGCAGCUUCAAAGAUUUUAUCUUUCUCCUCUCUAAAAAUUAUUUGAAUAAAAAAAUACAGUGUAAAUACGAGUUUAUACAAAUCUAAAGUUAACAUGGUGAGUUUAUGAUUUCGUGAGGAAACUGCAUUUUUUCUUGACUGUAAAUCAUUUUAAACCUAGUGACAUGAUAGCCAGUAAUGGGUCUUCAUCGGUUUGAAAUUCUAAGGAUGAAGGAUUGGGGAAGGCCUGCGGUAAGAACACAUUUAUAAUGCCCUGUCUGAUUUCUGAGUCUGUCAGUAAAACUUGCAGCUUAAUUCUCAGAGACGUGUUAAGAAUCAUUUGCCACUCCAAAAUUCAGCUUCCUGGCUAAAACAUACCCCUUUUAGUCAGUAUCUCUACCAUGGCUUUGAUGUGUCCACUGUGACCCAGAGGAUGUUAAUGUAAAAACAGUGUUUAAUACUGUGAACUGUGUCUAACCCUUGAAGAGCUGGAGAGUCGCGCAGGGAUUUGUGCCAGAAACAUGGCUAAUUUGGGCAGAAAACCAGGGAACUGGCGCUGAUUACCCCUGACAACAAAAUGCCUGACUCCAAGUUCUGAGUUUGCUGACAGAUUAUCAUUUCUUUUGGAAGGCAAAGAAAAAGUUUCAUCACACUUAUUUAAUAUGCUUUGUUACAUGUUUGUAACCAAAAACACUACUUUCAGUGUACACUGAAGCAAAAAAAAUAAAGAAAAAAAAGAUUAUUUCUCUGACUAGCGCUGAAUUUUCCACUCCAAUAAUUCCACUGAAUUCCACUCUAUUGUAUUAAUAAGGCAAUACUAUUCCAUACAAAAUAAAAUAGGCAACGGGAAUAAUUACUCUAAUUCCUCUCAAACUAAAGUACUGUACAUACAUCUAGUUAAACAAUUACUUAAAUAUAUACAAAUCUCUUCAAUUAUGCUUUUCAAAACACUGUGAGAAUUAGAGAUCCCCAAAGGCAACAGCUACUGACAUGCUCAAUUAUAAACUCCCUGAAAUUUUAUUGCACGUACAGCGUCAAAAUGCUACCUCUUUGUUGUUUCAAAAGUAUCUCCUGAAAUUAAAAACAUACUAUGCAUUUAACACUGCUGAUAGUAGUAGUAUAUCCCAUCAGAUCAAGUAGCAAGAGUUUAGCCCUUAAAAAUAUAUCUUGGUAGAGAAACACAGGAGAAGUCCAAUGUCUCAUUUCUUGCACAUUUCUCAGCAGGCUCUGUAGCAGUGCUCAGUUCUGUCCAUCUCCUGAGGUUACAGUAGGACAUUUCAACAGGUUUCCAGCCAAUUUUGCAUUUCAUAUUUUAGAAUUUCAGGUUUUUAGUUUUUGUUGGUUUUUUUAUUAUUAUUUUUUUUUACCAGUUUUGCUUUUAAAGAAAUCUGAAAAUUUCAAUAAAGCACUGUGUCAAUGGAACUUUGAAACUGUGAAAAUUAAUGUUUAAAAGGAACCAGGAAAUGGCUCCAUUAGAGUUCUUCAUGCAGUGUUAGCCCUACCUAUCUGGGGUAAGCAUUUGAGGUAUGGUAAAAGCUGUUAGCUGAACAAAAAAAUUACAGCAGUGCUCUUCUUCAGCUAAUACAGUCUAAUAUAUAUUUUGCGUCCUUCAAGAUACGUGUGGACCCAUAUGCACACUGCGGAGUACUAUAAUUACACCAGAUUUCAAAUCCACAUCUAAAAAAUGGGAAAAAAAUAAUAAUAACCAGCACUUAACAAGCACACUAUACAUCACAUGCAAAUAUGCUGGAAAAUGAUGUGGACUUUCUUGCCUAUACAUCUAGCUGUGCUAACUUGACAGAUAACUCUAUCACCCAUUUAAGCACUUUUGAAGGAGAUAAUAACUUUCUUUCAGAGAGAGGAUAAAACUUAAUGACUACUUCUGUGUGAGUCAUAAGAUUACACAUAACUUUCACUCAGAAGUAUGCACUAAACAUUUAUUAUAUAGUAGAAACAUUAAGAAUUUCAUAAAAAUUCUGUUUCAUGUAAUAAAAAAAAGUGCAGAAGCUUCUAGCAUUUUUUUCUCGUGUCCAAGGUGGGUAACAAAAUCAUAUGCUAGAGGAAACAAUAAAUACAUGAUGAGGCUGUCUGAAAUCCUAUGUAAGAAAUGAUUAUGAUUGUAUAAGGGGAAAACUUUAAUUUUGUAGCCAGGUGUUCCCAACUGUAGCCAUAACAUCCUGUGAAUAUUUUGUAUGAUGAAAUUAAUUGUAUCACUGAUUAUUUGCAACUUGUUCUGAAGACUUUUUCUAAAUUUAAACACUGAAGAAAACACCAUUUAUUUUCCAAAUUACUUAAUUUUUCACAAUAUAAGGCAGUUUAAUAUCUUACGAUCCUUUGGGCUUUUUAUUCACGUUGUAUAUGUGUUUCUUUCUUAAAUGCUAAUACCAUUCUUAUCAUAAUCUAUUAUGUAUGUCAUGGUUUUAUGAUUUUUUUUAUCGUUAUUCCACAUCAUAGCAUCAUGUAAAGCUCUGGGAGUUGAUUAAUUAAAAAUAAAUUUGAAAUUAAAUCAAUAACUGGGAGUUAUUAAUUAUAUCACUAUCUCCAAGAGAUAAUCAUUAAGCUUUGUAUAUUUAUUGUCACAGUGAAAUCAGUCUGUCUUUAAACACCAUGUUGUAGGGAAAGUGAGGGAUCUUUACAUAAAACAAUGUUGGAAAUGCAUUAUUUUAGACAUCACUAUCCUCAUGGCUGCUUUACAGUAUGAUGUGUAACACUGUACCUAAUUAUAUUUGUUGUAUUUGGGGAAAGGAAAAAUUCAGAGAAAAGAUCAGCUUCUACCUUACAGAGCUUGUGCUUGUGUUAUGUAUUCAGUAUACAUCCAAAUGUUGAAGAAAUUAAAGUUGUAUAGUGUGUAAUGAAUGUAUAGUGUAUAAUGACUGUAAAGUAAAACAGUUGUACUAAGAUAUACCGUA